AUGUCGAUGGCCUCUUCUCGUAUCCCUAAGCCGCAGCCUUCUACUCCUACAAAAUCCCGGAUCAGCACCCCCGUCAGAAAUAGCACACCGCCAACCAGAACCCGUAUAAAGUCCACGACGCGCUCGACGACGCCUUCCAAACUCAAGGCACAAGAAGAUACACCGCUGCCACCGCCGCCGCCGUUGAGCAUCAAGGAGGCGAUUGCGCUGAAACGAGCAGAAGCUAAGAAGGCUAAAAGCGCAGGUGGCUUGGAUAAUCUAGGCUCUCUUGAAGAUGCGAUCCCUACGGCGUCAAAUGUGGCCCCAGAAGAGGAUUUGCUAGGUCGGCUGUCUGUCAAGGAGACAAUAGAGCGUGCAAGGAGUACAGGUACUCUAAAUCUUUCGACACGCUCGUUGCCGUGCAUUCCUUCAAUUCUAUUCGAGAUACAUCUUCGCGUUACGCCUGGGCCUCUCACGUCUGUCCCCGAUGAGCCGUCGUUUGCAUCAGAGUCAUCCUCGGCUCCAAGACGCGGUGGAAAAUAUGAUGCUCCGGCGUGGUUCGAAGGUCAGGACUUGAGGGUUCUCAAAGUCGGGAACAAUGCGAUUGCAGAAAUUCAACAUGAGAUUUCUAUGUUUGGCUCUCUUAAGGUCGUUGAUCUACACAAGAAUAAGCUCCUCUCGUUACCAGAUACCCUUGGAGACUUGUCUUCCCUAACAAUUCUAGAUUUGUCCCACAAUGCUCUCUCAGUCUUGCCUCCCACUAUCUUUUCCCUUCCCGAAUUGACGACCCUAAAUCUCGCUCACAACCAGCUGCCAUCUCUGCCGUUCAAUGCUCCCUUCUCCGAUAGAAACUCCCGUAUCAGAUACACAAGCACUGAUCCCUUCGCCCCUGUAGUGAAUCGCUCCAUAACACCUUUACCGCGUCUCAUCACCCUUGAUGUGUCCCACAACAAACUUGCCUCAGAUGUCAUGGAUAUUCCUAAUAUACCUACAGCAUUGACCAAGCUUGAUAUCUCAUCAAAUCCACUUGGCAUUCAUAACUCCGCUACUCGCCAACUUCUACAAAAGUUAGGGACUUUGUCUGGUUUGAAAGAACUCAGACUUGACCAUGCAGAAAUUGGUGAUGAUGCAUUUCCUCCUGAUUUCUCGAGUGGACCUAUAUUUCCCCAGCUUCACCUUCUGGACGUUGGAGAAACAGCGGUGACAAUGGAUGCCAUUAAAGUGGCCCUGAAAGGCCUUAAACAGAAUAUCUCGUACGAUUUGACGAUGGAAGAGCCAUGCGAAGGUACAAUUCGCGUUCUAGUUGGCAAGAAGAUCAUCCGAGAACAAUGGGAACUAGAAGCGGAGAGAAGGGCACAAUCCAGGUUCGUCAGAAAUGCCCAGCCCAGCGACGGAACGGAGUUGAAGACCUCAGCAUCUGAGAAGAUCAAGACUGCGAAGGAGAGUUGGGAAAUGGAAGCAGAGCAAGGGUUACUUACAGAGGGUGGCAAACGUCGUGCUCGAGCACAAGCUGCUGCUGCUGUCGUAUCAAAGUCUGCGCCUCUAUUCUUGUCUAAGCCGCCAGCACCGGCAGUUAAAGAGGCAUGGGAAAUUGAGGCCGAACAGGGCCUUCUGACGGAAGGAGGAAAACGUCGAGCCCGGGCUGCUGCUGCUCAGACUCCUUCGAGCAAACCGUCUUCGGGUCAAUCUGCCUUUUCCUUAGCAAAUUCGCAGUGUUAUUCCGAAGCCACCCAGACUCUCAUUCUACCUCCUUCUGCGCCACCUCCGAAGUCAGCUCAUUCACGGACUUUUUCCCUCGCCUUACAUACUUCACCCUCUUCAUUGCUUUCGCGGACUGAUAUCGCUAUACCGACUCCGACCCUCCCCUUGGCCUCAAUUGUGACAGAGGCCUUCGCUGAGAACCUGAAGGUGCUUGUCCUGGUAAAUCGUCGAAUGGACCGCUCCUUUAGCUUACCCACUGGGGAAGGGCCUUUCCUACCACAUCUUGAAGAAUUGAACCUAGAAGGAUGCAGCCUCGCUGAUCAAGUUCCUGUGUCCCACCCAGGCUCUGACACUACCACUCCCAAUUGGACGAACGAAUCACUUUUGCCGCUCAUCGCAAAACUUUUUCCAAGUCUUCAAACUCUCAAACUUUCGUAUAAUGUCAUUUCGAGCUCUUGUCUGACAACCGACGCAUUGUCUUCCCUCAUUCUGUGUACGUCUCAACGGAAGGGACUGAAGCGUCUUGAGUUACGCGGCAACAAGAUCACUACGCUUGAGGGCUUACAGGGCAUUACGGAGCUGUUUAAGGGACAUCGAGACGUUCCAGGAUGGAAGUUGGACGAGCUGGACUUGAGAGAUAAUGAAAUUGGGAAGCUUCCACCUGAGCUGGGAUUGUUGCCGUUGGAUGUUUUCUUGGUUGAUGGCAACUUGUUCCGUGUUCCCACAAGAAGGGUUUGGGAACGUGAAGGCACAAAGGGGCUUCUGAGCUGGCUGAGGGGACGUAUUGAGUAG